AUGGCCAAAUAUAAGAAAUGCAGACGAAAACACAGAGCCCGAGCAAAAUUUCUACACGAAAAAAAAAGAGACGCUGCAAACUCCCAGGGCUCAGGUUGUUCUCCAUGGUCAACAGGUGAUCGUCCUCUGAACACAUCAUCUGUCCCAAGCCAUCUGUCCUCGCUCUGGUCACUAGCCUUGCCUAGUGUGACAAAUGUGGUAAAACCCUUCACAACAACAGCAUCAUUUUUGUACUGUUGGUGCCAGAACGCAGUUGCACAGAGUUUUAAGGUGGUUAAAGACACCAUAUUUCCAUCACAAAUCUACUUAAGAGAGCUAAAUACGUUCAGAGAGCAGCUGAAAAAGUUGGAAACUGAAUUUUCCAGACUACAAGGAACACUCCAGAUGAAUGGAACCACAGCCUCGUCUUCAGAAAAUUCUCUUUGUCAAAGAUGUAAUAAACCAGUUGUGGGUGCUCCUGUACCAAUGAAAAUGGGCCUGCCAUCACCAGUAUCCAGGCCUUCUACAAUACAGCUGCAGCCUGCAUCUGCACUCCCUCCACCUCUUCCUCCUCCGCCACCACCGCCUCCACUGCCCCCACCAAAACUGCCUCCAGCACCUCUCCUCCUCAAAAGGGGCAAUGGCUCCAAAGCACUUCUGAUACCACCAGUGAAAAAAGAUGGGCCAAUGCAGAUCACCCUCAAAGACCUCCUGAACGUUAAACUGAGGAAGGCAGAUAGCAGACACAGGAUUGACAAGGCAGAAUCACCAGUGAGGAUAUGCAGGGCCUUAAUUACGGUCUCAGAUUUACAGAGUGUUAGUUUGAGAUCUAAAUCCAUGCCAACAGCUCACAUUACAAACUCCUUAACUACCCCUCCUAAAUAUCACUUAGAUCUUCGAAAACAUCUGAAGAAAGUCAAUAUCCAGAGGAGUCCUGGAGGCACUCCACUAAAUGGCAAAGAAAACACCGAAUGUGGGUCUGGGUUGACUCCACUAAUGACACAGGCACUACGGCGCAAAUUUCAGAUGGCACAUCCACAGAGCCCCUCUCCUGCCCAGCCGAGUGCUGCAGACAGCUUUGAUGAACAGAAGUAG